CACAGUCACACAGUCAGUGUUUAGCAUUUGAGGGAAAUAUGGAGAGUGUCCUGAAAAAUCUGCUACUAGUGUUAGUCCUGAGAAUUAUCGUGUGUCUCGGUUUGGAAAGUGAAAAUAUUUCUAAUAGAACAUCCCCAAACCAUCGACAAGGAAGAGAAUUUCCAUUCUUCACAAUUGGGCGUAUUGCAAACACGCAGUGUACGGGAGUGAACGGUUUGUUGGGAACCUGUCAGGUUCGAGGUGAAUGUGAUGCUAACGGAGGAAUUGCAAUGGGGGCUUGCAGCACUUUAACCAGUCAAGCAGUUUGCUGCAUUUUUAAGAGUACCUGUGGUGGUUCUGGAUCGAACAAUGUUACCUAUUUCCAAAAUAGCGGCUUUCCAAAUCCGUACAAUGGAGGUGGCAGUUGCACAUAUACAGUGAUUCCACCAGAUAACACCAUCUGCCAGCUACGAAUCGAUUUUGGAGCGUUCACAGUCUCACAACCGAACGCUGAUGGACUAUGUACGGUGGAUAACAUUCAGAUAACUGGCGGCAGUGCUCGAAUUCCGGUGAUAUGUGGCGACAAUAAUGGCCAGCACGUAUAUGUUCCAUUUAGUGGCACCAACCCAAUUCAAGUCAAGAUUUCGACAACUGGAUCGGUACCAUUCAACAGAGUAUGGAAUCUGCAGUUGAGCUUGAUCGCGUGUUCCAGUACCUACAAAGCGCCUGCAGGCUGUUUGCAAUAUUUCCUGGGCAGCAGCGGGAGUGUGCAGAGCUUUAACUAUGGACGGGGAACUAAUGCAGCUUUGAAUGCGAAUAGUAUGACCGGUACACGACAAAUGGCCAACCUCAAUUAUGGUAUUUGUAUCCGGAAAGGCGUCGGGAUAUGUUCAGUCACCUAUAGAGUGCCUUCAGGGGACCCUUUCUCAUUUACCGUAUCGGGCGACGUAGGAACAACAACACCCGGUAGUGCUGCAGCCAGCAUAGUAGGAAAUGCAUGUAAUACGGACUAUCUUAUUAUUCCAAAUCCUACUGGCGUUACGACGGACAGGUUUUGUGGAUUGGCCUUUCCGACGACAACAAGUAAUACACCAGUUUUCGUUAUGUAUUAUAUCACCGAUGGCAGCGACACAGCAGACGUAGGAAACAGAGGAUUCAGUUUGCUGUAUGCAACGACUGCAUGUGCGGUAGCAUCAGGGAAAUAAUUAAUUAAUGGCUAUGAUUGGAAGUUGAAGGACAUGUAUGGAAAUGGAUAUGUUGAACAUGAUGAC